UUCCAGAUAACUGGCCCACCAGGUUGUGGCAAAACUCAGUUUUGUAUUCUGGCGAGUGUUCUGGCUACACUGCCUGUAAGCAUGGGAGGACUAGAUGGGGCUGUUAUAUAUAUUGACACAGAGUCUGCAUUCAGUGCUGAAAGGUUGAUUGAGAUAGCAGGAAACAGAUUCCCUACUUAUUUUGACUCAGAUGAAAAGCUGUUCUGCAUGACCCGUAGCAUCCACCUGUAUCGAGAACUGACCUGUGGCAGUGUACUAAAGAGGAUUAUGUCUUUGGAAGAAGAAAUUAUUUCGAAGAAAGUUAAACUCAUAAUAAUUGACUCUAUUGCUUCAGUUGUCAGAAAGGAAUUUGAUACAAAACUCCAAGGUAACCUGAUAGAGCGAAGUAACUUUUUGGCUAGAGGAGCAUCAGUCUUGAAGUAUUUGGCAGAGGAGUUCUCAAUACCA